AUGGUUCAGUCAGGAAAAUUUGACGGCAAAGUUCCAAAUUGGUAUCAUUCUCACUGUUUUCUCGAAAAAGUUAAACUAAUUGAUCCGAAAAUUAUCAAAGGUUUUGAUGAACUACGAUGGGACGAUCAGGAUGCAAUUCGUCAUCUUAUUCAAGAAAACUCUACAGCACUAUCGUGCGAAAAUGAUCCAAAUGAAACGUUUUCCGUUCAAUAUGCUAAAUCGAAUCGAAGUACUUGCCAUGGUUGUGACGCAUCAAUUGAUAAAGAUAUAUUACGAUUAUCGAGAAAAAACUACACGAGUAAACGAGCACGCCGUUAUGGGCCCACUGAUGAAUGGUAUCAUGUGGAUUGUUUUAAUCAGAUGAAAAAUGAUCUAGGAUUUGUUGGUACCGCUGAAUCUUUUUCGGGUUUUAACGAUUUGAAUAAGGAAGACCAAAUGGAACUGAAAGAGAAAUUUGAUACGUCAUCUAAGUCAAAACGAAAACGUAAGGGUGCAGAGGCGAAUAAUGAAUCCAUCAAAGCAAAACAACUGAAAGUCGAGGACCCAACACCAGAAGCUUCGAACGACCAAGAAGAGAAACGUCGCAGGAAGAGACAAAGUGAACUUCUAUGGACUUACAAGGAUAAUUUGCGAAAGGAGAUUCCCAACAGCGUUCUAAAAGAAUUACUUGAAUUUAAUUGUCAAAAGUCGGUUUUCGGAGAAUCAAAUCUCAUUGAAGCUGUCACUGAUUGUAUGGCAUUCGGUGCACUUGAACCGUGUCCAGAAUGUCGUGGUUGUCUUGUUUUCAAUUAUACAAAUUAUCGUUGUACUGGCAAUGUUACCGAAUGGACAAAAUGUUCGUAUUCAACACAAUUACCUAAACGAAAACCAUUUGAAAUUUCGGAUAAAAUCAAAGAAAAUUACGACAUUUUUCAAAACUAUAAAUAUACACAACAAGAUCGAAUCAUCACACAAGUCGUUCAGAAACCGAAGCUGAUUGGCAAAGCAGUGGAGAUUAAAGAACCUGACUACGAUUCAGAUUUGCCUCUGAACAGCUAUUCAGUUGCAACAGUGGGUCGUUUAUCAAAGAGAUUGAGUACUUUACAUAAACAAAUCGAAGAGUUAGGCGGAACCAUCGCUACGACUAUUGACAAAUCAGUCGAUGUCAUCAUUAGUACACAAGAUGAAGUGCAGAAAGGCAGUAAGAAGAUUCAAGAUGCACAAAAAUUCGAAAUUCAUAUUGUUCCAGAACAAUUCUUGAAUGACGUUCUCAAUGAUCGACCAUCGAUUGUGAUGGAAAAAUUGAAGUUAUCAACUUGGGGAAUUUUACCACAUAUUAGAAAGCAGCAAGCACGCGAAGAGAAUAAAACGAAACGAAAAUCAUCGCCUACAUCCAAAUCUUUUGCUCGCUCAAGAAAAUUCACGCCAGAAAAGGUUACCGUGAAAUUAAAAGAUGGUGCUGCAGUCGAUCCUGAUUCUGGACUUGAAGAAACUUGUCACGUAUUGAAAGAUAUUGAAAAUGGUGGUAUUUUUGCGGCAGUACUCGGUAUGGUAGAUAUAACCUGUGCAAUCGAUGCAUUUCGUCGAACCUUUUUCGAUAAAACUGGUAAUCAAUGGGAUGAUCGAGGAUCGUUUAAAAAAAUACCAAAUAAACUUUAUCCUCUUGAAAUUGUUUAUGGACAACAUGAUGAUAAUGAUCAGAUUGAAAAAGCGCUGAAUGACCCUAAUUCUAAAAAUGUUUCUCGUCUUUCACAACCUGUACAAGAUAUAAUUCGUCUUAUUUUUAAUGUUGGCACAAUGGAGCAAACAUUAUUAUCAUUCGACAUUGAUCUGACUAAGAUGCCAUUAGGUAAACUUUCACGUAACCAAUUAAAUAUGGCUUAUAAAGUUCUUACUGAAUUGCAAACAUUGAUUAGUAGUGGUGCAACACAUAAGACGUUGAUUAUUGAUGCUAGUAAUCGAUUUUACACACUUAUUCCACAUGAUUUCGGUCUUGCUAAACCGAAACUACUGGAUAAUAUCGAUUUAAUUCAAUCGAAAACACAAAUGAUUGAUAAUCUGUUGGACAUUGAAAUAGCCUAUUCAAUCUUGAAAGGAUCAAUCGAUGAAAAAAAUGAACAUCCAAUUGAUGUUCAUUAUAAAAAAUUAAACUGUACUAUCGAGUCGAUUGAUAAAAGUGCAGAAGAGUUCAAACGUAUUGAACAGUAUAUGAUUAAUACACAUGCAUCAAGUCACAAUCAAUAUACAUUAAGCUUAAAAGAAUUAUUUAAAGUAGUACGCUCAAGUGAAGAUGAGCGUUUUCAAAAAUGGAAAAACGUUAAAAAUCGUCAAUUAUUAUGGCAUGGUUCAAGAACGACAAAUUUUGCUGGAAUACUUAGUCAAGGACUACGUAUUGCCCCGCCUGAAGCACCCAUGACAGGUUACAUGUUCGGUAAAGGUGUCUAUUUUGCUGACAUGGUUUCUAAAAGCGCAAACUAUUGCUUUGCUAAAAGAGAUACACCUGAAGGUUUGCUGCUUUUGUGUGAAGUUGCUCUUGGUCAAAUGUACGAAUGUUAUAAUGCGACAAGUCUUUCAGCAGAAACUUUACCAACUGAUACACAAUCAACUAAAGGUUGUGGGCAAACAAUUCCUGAUCCAAAAGAAAAUUAUUAUACGGACGAUGGAGUUCUUAUUCCGAUGGGCCACGGAGUAAAUGCAAAUAUUCAAUAUAGCUCACUUUUAUACAAUGAAUAUAUCGUCUACAACACUGAUCAAGUUAAACUCAAAUAUCUUCUACGUAUCGAGUUUAACUACAAGGAUUAA